UGGUACCCCGGAGCCAUGGAUUUUUCCGUUUGGUACCCGCCUCCGCCUGGGCCUUUCCCUGCCUGGGGCUCUCACGGGCCCUGGCCCCCGCCUGGGCCCUGGCAAUGGCCGCCUCCUCCACCUCUGUUGCAGACGCAACCGCCAGGGAGAAAUUGCCAUUUUGAGGAACAAUGGCAACGGGGACAAACUGCAUCGCCACAUGUCGGAGCCUGUCGAGGCAGAGACUACAAACAAAAGAACAAGAAGAGAAAAGAGCCAGUUUUUACCCAUUAUUGUGAUACAUGUGAUCGUGGCUUUAAAAACAAGGAGAAAUAUGAGGAACACAUCUCUCAGCACAGGCAGUGUACAGAAGAUGGCUGUAAUUUUAGUGCACAUGAAAAAUUGGUUCAGAUCCAUUGGAAGAACAUGCAUUCUCCUGGUGCCAAACAUAUCAAAUUAGACACGCCAGAGGAAAUAGCCAAAUGGAGAGAGGAAAGAAGAAAGAAUUUUCCUACUUUGGCAAACGUUGAAAAGAAGAAAGCACUAGACAAGGAAAAGGAGCAACGGGGAGAGGUGCUUAGAACGCUGCAAUUUGGCAAGAUGAAGGGAAUGUGGAAAGCUUCUAAGUGUGAAACUUCUAGGCCACAAGGAAAAGAAAGAAGGCGAACAAAUCACUUCGGGAACAGAUCUAGGAGUGUGCCUGAUGGUGACAAAGGUCUCCCCCUGAAUGCUCCAGCUACAACCGGCCCAGACAACCGUAGAACUGAGAAGGAGGUUGGACAAGGGCCUGCUGGAGAGAAACACACCUCUAUGGGGGAUGCAGAUCCCCUUAGCAUGUUGGCCAGCAGUGAUCCUGAUUCAGACAAGGAAAUGGGUGCUACAAAAGAUGCAGGUCUAGGAAUUAGUGUUGUUCCGAAGCAGGUGACUUCAGCUCUGAGUUCACUGGUGGCCAACUAUGGCAGCAUGUCGGAAAGUGAGAGCGAACCAGAUGAGUCCACCAAGACUGAAGCAAAAGCACUCAUUGAAAAUCAGGGAAUUCUCAGAAGUAUCCAUUCAAAUAUUCCACAAAAUCUUAAAGUCACAGCCCACAAAGAAGCUGCUAAUUAUACAGAUGCAACACUGGGGACGCCAGAUCCAUGCACAGUACGCAACAGAGGUUCAAACAGACAGAGGGAGGCGCUUUCUGUAAUACCAAAACACCGUCCAACUCUACUGGAAAUGCUGCUGGCAAAGGACAUUCGGCAUGAAAGGAAUGUGGUUCUGCAAUGCAUUCGCUAUAUCCUCCGAAAUGAUAUCUUUGGACUCCAUAUUGAGACUGAUUCAACAACACACUUGGAGACUGGACAGAAUUCUUAAGAAAAGGAAGCGCUUUUGGCAAAUGGGUAUAUUAAAUCUAACAGCUCUUGCAACUUUGACCAUCCGUUAGCAAAGCCACAGGAAUUAGUUGUAGGCCCAAGCAAGGUCGCCUCUGUAUCUCAGACGUCCAAAAUUGCUCAUGCUGUCGAUGAGGAGGUUUGGGAAUCCACAGAAAUGCCUUGUAAAGAAAACUGACAUUUUUGCAGUCAUGGAUAACCAGAAGAUAUGUGGGCCAUUUGACGAUUCUUUUGAAAGUCAUCAAAUUGUAUAUUGCAUCAAAAGAACUUGUGUAAAUGAAAGCAGCCCUUUGGAUGGAAAGUGACAUCCACUUUGACAACUACAUUGAUCUUCUAAUAUUUUUCUUGAGGAUUUUAUUUUUUGCACCUCAUAAGAUCUAAAUAGAAAUCACAUUAAAGCUGUUUUACUGGA